CGGGCUCUGUGUUCCAAACCCUCGCUCUAGGAGUCGUUGGAAGUUUCGUCAGGAUUUUUUGGAACGCCGGUGGGGGCGGGGCGAGGAAAAGAGCGGUUUCCGCCCAGUAAUUCCAGGUUUCCUGUAGGGGGCGUUCCAGCGGCGGAGAAAUUCCUUCUUCCGGGAUCUAGGCCGCUCCUUCUCUGACUGCCUUCACACCCUCAUCGUUUCUAUCACGACUUGCGGGUGUGGGUCCCAAAGCAGUAGGUCAAGAUGGGCCAAACCGCUGGAAGGGCGAGGAGGCCCGUGGUUGCCCCACCACUCCUGGAUGGGAAAUGAUGCCUCGUGGAGGCGCCCCGGCGCCAGUCGCGAAGUAGGGGCGCGAGCCCCACCCCCACUCCGGCGUGAGAUCCGCCCGCUCUUUCCGUCCCCUCUCCCCCGCAGCGAUCGCCUAAGGAGCGGCCUGGGCCGUGGCACGCAUGCGCGCAGGGCGCCGGGAGCCGUUGUGGGCCCGCCCGGAUGACUGCCGGAGGGCGGGCCGGGGCCCAGGCAUGGAUAGGCCCCGACACCCGACACCUCGGAUGAGCCUUGUCCCCCGAAAUCCGGCUUCUUCCCGCGUCUUGUCCAUCAGAGGCCCUGCUGGUAUUCUGGUGUUUGGGUCAAAUCCCUUGGAGCAGGAAGAACAGGAAUCUACCAUCUAAACUUUGGAAGAUAAAAAAAUACCCAAAAUGAAGUCAUCAAAACCUAAAACUGCAACUUUUGCUCUAGGCGUAGAAAAUUCAGAUUCAGCUUCUAAAAAAGCUUCAACUCUUUCAUCAGGAGUGUAUAAAACAAGGAAAAGAAGUAGCGUAAAAGGUAUCAAUGAAAAUGAAUCAAUGAUCCUUGCUCCUCCACCUGUAGCAGAAUCAAUGCUAAAGCAUGCCAUUUCCAUUCCAUCUGAAAAUUCAGAGAAUAUUCUAGAUGAUGAGCAAAUUGUCAAGCAAGUUACUAAACGUCUUAAGGAGAUUUCUGCUUCUUUAGAAAAAACUUAUGGACUUGAUGUCAAAGAAGAGCUGUCAGUAGAGAAAAUACCAAGUCCAGAAGGAGGAGAAAAGCCACUUACAGAAGCAGAAGAUAUGACUUCAUUCUUGUUAUUCUGUACAUCACUUGCAAAACAGCUUGAAGAAGCAGUUAAAGAAGAACAACAGAUAUUGGAAUCUCUUUUUAAGUGGUUUCAACGAGAAGUAUAUCAUGUAGAAGAGUUAGUUAAAGAACAAAAUGUUUCAGACUGGGAGCUUCCUUUGCCAGAUAAAGCAGUAUCUUCAAGUAUUAACCAAGUGAUAGACCUUUUGCAAAAACUUGAAAAAUUAAGGAAUCGCUUUUGUACAGUGCCGAUCGCCACCCGAAGAGCUGUAGCUGCAAAACAUAAGCAGGACAGCCAAUCAGAAACAACUCAGAUUUAUCAAGAAGUAAUGAAGAUGAUUGAAGACUAUGGUGCAAAUUUUGAAAAUGACGAGUUCAUAGAAACUAUCAAGAACAUUGUGGAUAAUGUGUUUUUAUCAGAAUCUACUGAAUCAGUGUAUCUUCAGUUUCAAGAAAUGUUUAAAAUAGUUGAAAAACAAGCAACUAAGUUGCAACGAGUGAUGAAUGACCUAGAAUCCCUGGAGGUGAAAUACAAGAUGACUCAAAAUGAUUUCGAUAUAGUAACAGAAGAAAAAAUUAUCUUAGAGAAUGAACUCAAAAAAAUCAAGGGUCCAGAAAAAAUAGAGCAAUUGCUACAGAGAGAAAAGAUACUCUUGGAGUUGCAAAGGAAAAAAUCAGAAAAAGUUACAUCUAGAGACUCACUUAGAAAUGGAGAUCUAGACAGCUUUUCGAAGAGAUCUUCUAUUAUUUUAACAAGUGCCGAUGCUGCUAAAUUAAAGGAAGAACUACUUCAAGCUCAGGUGAAGGAUCAGCCUAAUAAAGAGAACUCUGGCAAGAAUCUUGUCAGCAAUAACGUGGCCAAAAGCUUGUGGGUUUUGGCAAUGAAGAAAUAUCUAGGAUAAUGGAAGUGUUAAUAAGGGAAUAGAUAUGAAAUAAAUUCUGAAAGAAAAGUUAAUAGAAUUUGGUGAGUGAAGGGGAAGAUCUUUAAGGUUUACUUGUAAUGAAAUCAGUAAUGUUAUCAACAAAGACGAAACAAUUGGAAGAAGAGAGUUAUUUGAGGGUGAAUUUCUUACUACAUUAUUUCAUUGGCUACUGUGGAUGUAACCCAAAUCCAGAAGACUAAGUUGGGUAAUGGAAUCAAAACGCAGAAAAGUAGCAACUAUCACUCAUUCACCUAAUAAAGGUACCAGACUUUGAGGUUUUCUGUAUCCAAACUAUAAAAGCUGAACAGUUCUAGAUUUCUGGGUGGAUGUUUCUAAACUUGCUCUUAUAUUUCAGAGCUGAUGGUAAAAACAGAAUGGAGACUGAGAGAACAGAGAACUACAUGAGAUCUCUGUGAC